UAAGAAUAAGAAUAAGAAUAAGAAUAAAAAUAACAAGGGGGCAAAAAAAAUUUUUUUUUCUGUUCUUAUUCAUUUGUAUAUUUAAUGGGUGUAAGUGGAUUAACUGGUAUUCUUUCUCGUUAUGCACCUAAUUCAAUUCGCAUUAUAAGUUCAAGUUCACUUACUAGACAAACCAUUGCUGUCGAUGCCAGUUGUCAUUUAAAUAAAUUCAUUUAUGGUGAUGAUCCUCACUAUCAACGCCAUAUCCAUGGUUUUUAUCAAUUAGCACGUUUUUUUGACAUGAAUAACAUAAAACCUAUAUUUGUCUUUGAUGGACCAAGUCGAUUAAAAGCAAAACAGUCAGAACAUGAAAAACGUGAACAAACAAGAGAGAAAACUAGAUAUUCACUUUUAUUUCAAAAGGAACAAUUACUUCGAAUGGAGAAUUGGAUGGAAGUAUCUAAUCAAUGUCACCAAGCUAAUUAUUCACCAACAAAGGAAAGUAUAAUAACAAUCUUGACUGAAUUAGGUGAAAAAGUGGACCAGAUAGAAUCUCGAUUACCAUCUGUAGACAAUGAAAAGAUUGACUCAAUAGAUAAACAGCAAAUAAUUGAAAAUAAGUUAACUUCAACAGCACAAAAACUCCGAUCUGCAUUGGAAGCAGUUAAAGAUACCAAUCAUUAUACUAAAACUGUACGAGAUUUAGCUAAACGUGAGAAAUCUUUAAUAUUAGAAAUGCUUCUUAAUAGUUCUAGCAGCACACAGUUUUCGUUAGACAUGUUAAAAAGAGAUAAUCAAGCAAUGCUUGCUUCUUUAGAUCCUAUUGUGUUACACAGGGGAUGAGGGAGGAGUGUCAAGAAUUUUUAAAAGCUUUAGGUUAUGUAGCUAUUAUUUGUAACAACCAUGAAGCUGAAGCUAUGUGUGCGCAUUUAACUAAAGUAGGUAGGGCAACAGCAAUUAUCUCAGAAGAUUUGGAUACACUUGCCUUUGGAGAUGCACCUCUACUACGAUAUUUUUACACACGAAACCGUCCAAUACUUUCAAUUGAUCCUGUUAUCGCUAGGAAUGAUUUAGGAAUAUCUCGUGAAUCCUUUAUUGAUUUUUGUAUUUUAUGUGGUACCGACUUUUCAGGAACAAUACAAGGAAUUGGACCUCGUCGAGCACUUGAUGCUAUCAAAAAGUAUGGAUCAAUC